CCCAUUUUCCAUCUCCCAUUUCCCGGGUUACGCAUUUUGUUUCUCGUGAGAGUUGAUUACAAGUUUGUUCAUCUGUUUUUUUUGAAACUUGGUGUCCCCCCUCGAUGCAUCUACUUCGAGGGAAGAUGCUGCCCUUCGUUUCGUUUAUUUCGUUCGCUUUUGACUUCUAAUUGGCUUUCCCCCCCCUUCAUUUAACUAAAACACCAGAAAUAAUCUGUUGAUGAUUUUAGUCAAUCUUCGAUUUACGCCUCUACUUAUUAUUCGCAUCUUCGCAUUUUUCGCCGCUUCCACCAAUCAUACCUACAAGUCAACCUAGGUUGGUUAAUGCUAACCGAAAGAUGGUAGACCGUAGCGAGGAUGCUCCCUCCGCACCUUCACCCGUCUAUCAGCUCCCAGACUGGGAGACGAUAACCCAUCCCCCGAAACCUCGCCAAUCUUUGUUAAGUCGGAUUCUUCCCUCUAAAGAUUCUGCCGAUGAACCUCCCUUAGAAAUGUCAGCUCAUCCUUCGACGACGGUUGGGCCAGUUGGGUCGGACCAAGCGAAAGAAUCAUCCGGUCAAGCCUCUACGCUCCCAUCACAGACUUCGCAAACUUUGCAGACUUAUCCUCCCGCAAUAGCAGAGAAUAGCUCAGCAAAGCCUACAUUCGCCACUCCGCUACGCGCACAUCUUGAUUCCGCCCUUCCUCCGCACAAGACGUACCUCGGACGCCCGCGACGCUUCCUAUUUCUAUAUAUUGUCCUACCUCUCGCAAUAUUCCUCUUCGUACUCGCCCCAUUAGCCAUUGGUCUCGGGGUAGGCCUCCCACGCCGCUCCCAAAGAAACAAGUAACACUCACGGCCGAGAUGGAGAAAAGGAAUAUGGCCGGAAGACGGACAGUGCAGAGACUAUGAAUCGCGCCUUUUUUUUUUUUUUGCCUUUAUACGGAGUUCGGAUUCUGAUAUGGCAUUAUACCCCUAUGCUAUGCUACAAGAAGCAAAUUUGGGUGUAUGAGAGCCAGGUAACGUCUGAAAUUGAGUCACGAAUGCCUUCUACUCUUAUGUGCCAAAUAUGUUCGAGAUAUCUGGGUGUAAAUGGUAUUGUAACUAAAUAUUUACUUUGCAUGGUAUUGUUGCGUUGAAGCGACUGACUCGAGUUGAACGCACGAGUCUAGGGAACUCCGGUGGUCCUCGCAAUGGCUUAGUCCAUCACCAUCAUUCGCCAGGUUCUAUACAUGCAGUCAAGUCUCUCCUUGUAGCCGAGACCUAGUUGGGGAUCCAUUGGCGAUUCUAGAGAUGCUAACCCUCGGCGACUACCGAGCCUGUGUAAAAUCUCCACAUUUCUCGACGGGAGAGGUGGUAGAGGGUGAAUAAAUGUGCGGUAACUAUGUCGUUUUUAGAUACGAGGCGAUGCGAACGAAACUGCUGAUGCCCAGGAACAGGCUUACCUCUUCCGAGAUCUAUCAUUAGGGUAACACAUUCAGGUGGUAUUCUCCGGUUCCACAACACUGUCGUACGGAUCUAGAUACUCUUAUGUGA